AUGAGGUCUCACACCAUUCCAGUAUAUAAAGCUCAAUGGAAUUGUGUAUCCCAGUCGCACCAGAGAAACACUGGUGAAACAUCAUCAAAUUCGACUUCUCUUGCACUAGUAAGAACUUCUCCUUCUUGGUCACCUAGGAGCAAUACUGAUAGUCUUUCAGUCAACAACCUCUCGGAUAUCUUAAAUAAUUUCCCACACUCAAUAGCAAUACAGAAGCGAAUAUUGGUAAACCUCAGGAUCGUGGAAUACAAGCUGGCUGAAUUGGAAAAUUUCCUAAUUAUCAAGGGCAUAACUGGUGCAUUACUUAAGCAGGAAUCCACUGAAAAGGUUACAAGAUGUAAUGACAGUGGAAGCAAUCAUUAA